AUGAAGGAUGAAAUCAUGAAUUGAAUUUCCUGUAUGUCUCUACACUUUCAAUACUUGAAUUGCCAUAAUAUAUGUGAUGGCACGACAUGUCAAAUGGCGAAAUGUAUUUAAUGCCGAAGUUUUCAAUCUCAAGUUGAAGGUUGCUGAAUCGAGAGUUCAUCCACACCAAGAAACGAAUGCCUUCAUAUCAGAACCAAAAUUGACCCCGCUGAAUGAUAGCAACAAGAUCCAUUUGGCUUCUCACCAACCAGGUAUUGAAUUCUGUUCUUGAUUAUGUUUAUAAAUGCUAAUAGUACAAGAGAAUGACCCUAAGAAAUUCCUGCCUCGAACAUCACGAACCGUCGCUGUAAAAGAUAAUAUAGCAACCGCUUCAGAGUCAACCACAUGCGCAUCUCGCAUUCUUAAGCGGUACAAGAGUCCUUUUGACGCUUCUGUGGUAAAAGAUGUCAAAUUGGGCGGUGGAUAUGUUGCGGGGAAGACAAAUAUGGAUGAAUUUGGAAUGGGUUCGCAUUCGUUAAAUUCAUAUUUCGGUGCCGUACGUCACUAUAAGCCUUUCCGACUAAGGUCCGUUGGGGGGAGCUCUGGGGGUAGUGCAAUGGCUGUGGCAACAAGCACGACUAAUAUCGCACUCGGCACAGAUACUGGUGGAUCAGUUAGGUUGCCGGCUGCUUAUACAGGAAUUGCAGGGUUUAAGCCUUCGUAUGGCAUUGUAUCUCGCUUUGGCGUGUUGCCUUACGCAAAUUCACUUGAUACCGUGGGUUUCAUAGCACGAAGUGCAAACCGAAUACAGAAUUUCUUUGACAGGGUGAGCAAUUUUGAUCACCGAGAUCCUACGAGUCUCAGGUCCGCUAGUCGAGCCCGGAUCAAGGAACAGCGAAUGGAAUUCUUUAAAAAGACAAAAGCCUCUGCUACGCAUGAUCCAUUUUAUCUUCGAGAGCUGAGAAUUGGGGUGCCGAUAGAAUACAAUAUUUCAGAAUUGGACUUGGAAGUUUCAUGGGCGUGGCAACGAAUUUUAGAACUCCUUCAGCGUCAAGGAUGUACGAUUGUUCCAAUAUCACUUCCUAACACAAAGCAUGCUCUAUCGGCAUAUUACGUCCUUGCAGCAGCCGAAGCAUCUUCCAAUCUUGCAAAAUACGAUGGAGUAAGGUAUGGCACUCGAGGAAAGUCAAGUGAUGCGGUUGGAGAUGUCCUCUAUUCUGAGACUAGGGGCGCUGGAUUUGGAGACGAAGUGAAAAGGCGAAUUCUUCUUGGGUCCUAUUCACUGAGCUCCGAGGCUUUUGACAACUACUUUAUCAAGGCACAAAAGGUUCGACGGCUGGUACAAAGAGAUUUUGAUCGUGUCUUUUCCAUGCCAAACUAUCUACACCCAGAAGAGCAGUUCGAUCUUAGUGAUAUGGAAGAAGGCAUUCCCCUCGAGGACAAAUUGGGCCCUGCAGAAGUGGAUAUUAUUCUUUGCCCAACAGCUCCUACUCUUUCACCAAUCGUGCAAGACAUUACUGAGCGCCAAACACCGGUCGAUGCUUACAUGAAUGAUAUAUUUACUGUGCCUGCUAGCCUUGCUGGCAUACCUUCCAUAAGCAUACCAUGUAAACUACCAUUUAAGUUUUCCAAGAAGACUGUGCCUUCAACUGUUGGCAUACAAAUUAUGGGUCAGCACUCAGAUGAUGGCCGCACCUUACAGAUUGCGUCCAUGAUAGAAAUGGUGUGGGCGUCUCAAGUAUACGACGGGUGGAACAAAGAAUUCCACAAGUGGCAGCAAAAGAGCUUGGAAGAUUCGAAUGCAGAGAUAGAAGCCUUAUCGACAGAGCUCAGGAAUUUAGUGGUGGACAAGGCAAACCUGGAGGGAACGGAGUCGUUCAAGAUUGAUGCCGCUUCCGAUGAGGUGCUCAUGCUCAAGCAAAAGCGCAUCGAGAAGAGAAUUCAACGGCGGUCAAAAUUAAUGCAAUAUCAAAGGCAAGUGUGUGAAGAAGACAUGGAUAAAUGGGAAGAAUUAAGGUUUGCUGAGAAGAGAUCGACUCAAACAGCAAAUAAGGCAUAAUUAUUAUUGUCACCUUCAUUUGCCUGCUACUAUGCUGAGGUCUUUAUGGGGAAAAGCCAUAAAAACGUGUGGUGUAGUUUAAGGUCAUGGUCAGCCGAAUCUGUUUCCUGAUAAUGUUUAUGUCGUCAGUUCCUACUCGGUUAUUGAUGCGGCGGUUGUGAU